GAGUAUCCCCACGGUGUAAAGCUUACUGCUCUUACCUUCGCCUGCUAUCUCUGUACAUAUUUGACAGCCAGUGACGUAAAUAUGAUUUCGACAGCAGUUCCUAAAAUCACGACGGCUUUCAAAUCUCUCGAUGACAUAGGAUGGUACACGAGUGCCUACUUGCUCACACUUGGCAUUUCCCAAUUGCUCUGGGAUGCACUGUACCCCAUAUGCUCCCUAAAGUGGACUUUCAUCAGCUGUUUAGCCGUGUUCACGGCCGGAAGUGCCAUCUGCAGUUCCGCAACCUCGAGCAUCAUGUUGAUCGUUGGACGUGGCGUUACAGGUUUUGGAUCUGGAGGCAUAUUAUCUGGAGCUCUGAGAAUUAUUGAAUACUCGGUCCCUUUAAAAAGGCGCCUUACAUACACUGGAUUAACCGUUGCGUAUGGUAUGACAUGUGUUGUUGCACCUAUCAUUGCUGGAGCCUUGACAGACAGUGUGUCUUGGAGAUGGUGCUUCUACCUUCAAAUCCCUGUUGCUGUAGUUGUCAUUCUUAUUGUCGUCCUCAAUUUUCCAUCCCCCCAGCUUGAUGAUAUUGGGGGUUCGCUGGCGCGCGUGAAGAAAAUUGAUCUAGAAGGAAAAAUCUUGUUGAUUUCCUCUGUCACUUGUCUUAUCCUAGCUUUGAAUUGGGGCGGGAGCAAACACCCUUGGGGUGGAGUGACCAUGGUUUGGCUGUUCGACGGUUUCGUCACUCUGUUCAUGAUCUUCUAUUGUGUCCAGGUAUUCCGGCCAGAAGACGCGACAAUUCCUCUGAGCCUAAUCGGCAAACGCUGUCUUAUUGCUGCCUUUUUGUUCUCCUUCGCCAUGGGAUCAGCCGUUCAUGUUAUCCACAGCUAUCUCCCUAUCUGGUUUCAGGCGGUGAAAGGUGCCUCCGCUUUAGAGUCAGGCUUAAUGAUUUUGCCUCUAGACUUGGGAAUAUUCGUCGGUUCAUUGAUAGGUGGUGUGGCUGUGAUAAGUAUUGGAUACUGUCCGCCAUUUAUGAUUAUAUCCUCUGUACUUAGUGCUGUUGGUUUUGGUAUGGUUUCUACCUUUCAUCCAGACACCAAUUACCCAGCUUGGAUCGGAUAUGAAGCAAUGGCAGGCAUCGGGCUUGGCUUAGGAGUACAGAUGCCACUCAUCGCAGUACAGCUAGCCCUCGCCGUGAAUGAAGUGCCAAAGGGAACGUCAAUUGUUUUAUUCGCAUACAAUAUCGGAGGUGCACUCUUUGUUUCUGCCGGCCAGAAUCUUUUUAUCAAUAAGCUUGUGUCUGGUCUGAAGAACACCGUUCCAGAGCUGGAUCCCCAGACCGUCCUGGCCAAUGGCGCCACUUCCCUCGAUAAAUGGAUGUCUACGCAGUUCCUACAAGGCGUCAAACGCGUUUAUAACGACGCUCUUAUUCGGCCAUAUAGAGCAGCAGCUAUCAUUGCUGCUAUAGCAAUUUUUGGAAGUCUAGUAAUGGAAUGGAAAUACACGAAAAUAAAGAAGAACUCAGAGUUAGCACAGUAUAUUCCUUUACUUAGUUUGAGGCCAGAACUAAACUUUAAUCUCGAUAAUAAACUACAAGUUAAGGAUAAAAACAAAUUUGUAUCUAAAGUAUAA